AUGGAGACUGAAACGCACAAACAACGCGAACAAAAAGAAGAAGAAAAUGAAGUCUUCUCCCAUGCGAUGGAACUGGCGUGUGGGUCAGCGCUGCCCACGGCCAUGCAUGCAGCCAUCGAGCUCGGCGUUUUCGACAUCUUGGCAAAUGCGGGCCCUGGUGCCACGCUCUCCGCCAUGCUGGAAUGCAUCUACGGCCUACUGGUUCACCACUGCGUGCUUGGUUGCUCUGUGGGUGAUAACGAUGACAGCGAUGGUCAUCCUUUCCAUAGGUCCUACUGUUUGGUUCUGGUGUCCAAACACUUCGUGCGUAAUCAAGAUGGGGUUUCCUUGGCGCCCUUGAUGGCCUUGAUUCAUGACCAGCUUUCUAGUUUUCAUGAUAUGCUGAUUAUGAAUAAAAUAUAUGUGAUUAUUGAUGUUCUUAUUGAGGCUCAUUUGGCAUUUUAA